AAUCAGUUAUUUGAGUGGUUUUGUCCCAUGUAUUCAUUCAUUUCUCUUUGUUUCUUUUAAACCCUUAUCAAGCAGUUGAAUCCUUACCCAACCGUGACAAACUACACACUUUUGAAUGCACAAAGCUAUGGAGCCCUGGGAAAACCACGUUCAGCUCCCACAGAAUGACAACUUUGAAGUGCAUGCAAAACACAAAAGUGAACGUGUGUCAAUAAAAAUCAUAGAAAUAAAAAAAGGGGCUGGGAAAAACAACAACCUCAGUGGUUGUGAAAUCAAGCCAAUGCUGAUGUAACAAAAACUGCAGUCCCUCAAAUGACCACUUGAGGCUGUGGUGCAGUAGUGAGUCAAUCUCAAUAAGGCCCCAUGUUAAAAUCAUUCCACCUCAGCUACACCUCACGCUCCACUUCCUUGCCACAUUUUUGGAUUAGCCAGGAGUCAGGACUGCCGACCAAUGAGUUUUACAAUGGCUUUUUAAUUAUACAGCCUAUGGAAAAAACACUACAUUCAUACCCCCUUGUCUAUUGUUCAGUAUCACUUAACAAUUCACUAAAACUCCACAGAGUUGCCUUUCAGAAGAGACCAGGAUCUGGACUGGAGUUCAACAAGAGAGUAGCCAUCAAAGUCGUGGACAAGCUGCGUCUGGAUAAGAGGACCCAGACGAUGUCUUCCUCAGAAAUCAGCUGCAUGGAGAAGCUGUGCCACCCCAAUAUAGUGCGACUUUACGAGGUGUUCGAAACCAGCAGGAAGCUGUAUCUGGUGAUGGAGUAUGGCAGCGGUGGAGACCUGUUCUCCCGAAUCACCACCAGGGGGAAGCUGAAUGACCUGGAAACUAAGCUGGUGUUUGCACAAGUAAUCUCUGCCGUUAAACACAUGACACUCCUUCCAAACAGUGAUAAGAUGAGGGGGCUCGAGAUGACUAAUAGGCAUGACAACAAAAUCGUCCACAGAGACCUUAAGGCAGAGAACAUCUUCUACACCACCAGCUACUGCAUCAAGGUCGGAGAUUUUGGUUUCAGCACAGAGAGCGGCCCUAAUGAGCUCCUCACCAACUUCUGUGGCUCACCACCGUACGCUGCUCCUGAACUGUUUAAGGAAAAAGGUUACAUCGGACGCUUCUCAGACACCUGGGCUUUGGGUAUUCUCUUGUACUUCAUGGUGACGGCCACUAUGCCCUUCUAUGGGGACAACAUGGGGAGGCUGAAACGCUGCAUCCUGCAGGGGGCCUACAGCAUCCCUGCUUAUGUGCCCGAUCCAUGCCAGCUGGUCAUUAAAGGCAUGCUGCGGCCUGUGCCUGCUGACCGCUCCACUCUCACACAGAUUACAAACAGUGCUUGGCUGAAUGGGAUCGAGUACCCUCGUCCGUAUGUCUUGCUGCCCCUGUCCCCGGCUCACUUUGCCCAGGCCAACCAGGCUCUAUGUGUGGAGGAGCAGGAAGUGAAGGGUUUGCUGUCAGAUCUUGGCAUUGUGACAGUCCAUUUCCAAAACAAUUCCUGCUUAGACAGUAGGAGCCCACUGACGGGGACCUACCGGAUCCUUCUCCAUCAGGUCCAGAAGAGGAGGUCAGUGGAAGCUGUAGGUUAUUCAGCGCUUCACCCUGAUGAUUAUGGGAGUCCACAGAAGUGGUCUGUAGCAUCUGUGGGAAAACACACUCCCUCAGCUGUCUGUGUUGUAUUGUAAUGAGAAAUGAAUGGACUGGCUUUAGUUGUGGGUACACUUCAUCACAUACACAUGUUCCCUUUUACUGGCUGACACCCCCUCAAUCACUUCAGGCUCUCUUAAUCUGUGAGCUGUUAUGUUACAUGUUGAGAAGUAUUUAAGUUGUGUUGUGCAAUAUUGGUCGGAGUCUGAGGGCUCUGCUGUCCCGCAGUGUAAGUCAAUUAGUGCUUACAGACUAGGGCACCUUUCUUAAGUAAUUAGCUACAGCUUUCUGUUCUGAUUACGUCACCAACCACAAGCUUACUGACGCAUAACAUUCAUCAAUCACUGUAUGGCUAUCAGCGUCUACAAUCCCUCUUAGUCAAUGCAUAAAUCUGUUGAACUAAUCCCAGGUCACAGGUAAUCCUGAUAAGGGAGACACUGAGAACAUGCUUGGUCCAACAAAAAUGAAACCUGAGACUAGGCAAGGAAAAAAUUAAGACCACAUGAGGCUGGAACAAUAGACACAAUUUAAAAACCAGUCUGCAGCCGUCUUGAAAAAUGUUUUGGGUUUUUUUUGUGCAUUUUAAACUGAUGCCUAAAAUGCCUUCAUUUGAUAUAUAUUUAUUUAAAAUGUUUGUGAAUAUUAUCCUAAUUUUAUGAUUGUCACCAAACAUCUGGAGCACACAGAAUUUUUGCACAAUUUUAUUCUCAUUUUGUAAAUAUCUAUGUUAAGUAUUGUGCUAAUGUUUGCUUUUUUUGUAAGGCAAUAAAUGCUUCAUGGAUUCUGGUCUAACUUGAGCAAUAAGUAAGGCCAGAUUCAUUUAUCGGAAUAAAAGUAUUUUCAAAGAAUGA